AAACAGAGAAAAAUGGAGACUGGAUUAUACUCAAAAUUUUCAUCUUCAUGCAGAAAAAUGGAGCAAGGCCUCAAUUCUGCAGUUUCAAACACUAAAAUUGGCAAAUAUUUCAAGCUAGAAGCAAGAAACACUUGUUUCACUAAAGAACUACGUGCCGGCACAACCACAUUUCUCACUAUGGCGUACGUGAUCACCGUAAACGCCACCAUUUUAGCGGAUUCCGGCGGCACAUGCACCAUGGCUGACUGUUCAGCUCCGGCUAACCAAACGGCUAGCCCGGACUGCAUGCUUAAACCCAACGAAGGGUAUCAGAAUUGUGUCAAGAAAAUAGAGAGUGAUCUUAUAGUGGCUACUUCUUUAUCAGCCAUGGUGGGGUCAUUUGCUAUGGGUAUUUUGGCCAAUUUGCCUGUGGGUGUGGCUCCGGCGACCGGGGCGAGUGCUUUUUUGUCUUAUAAUUUUGUGGGCUUUCAUGGAUCUGGGUUCAUGUCAUAUGGGACCGCCAUGGCAGUGGUCCUAAUUGAAGGCUGUGUCUUCUUGGCACUAUCAGCUCUGGGCUUAAGAGAAAAGCUAGCCCGUCUCAUACCGAACCCGGUCCGGCUCGCUUGCGCCGCGGGCCUUGGGAUUUUCAUUGCGUUCAUCGGUUUGCUGAUCCAUCAAGGCGUCGGGCUUAUCGGGCCUGACCCGUCAACAUUGUUGACCCUCACGGCCUGCUCGGACACAAAUCCGGUGACCGGAGAAUGCAUUGCGGGAAAAAUGCACAGCCCAAAAUUCUGGCUAGGCUCAAUUGGGUUUCUAAUAACAUGUUAUGGGCUAAUGUGGAAUGUUAGUGGGAGUAUGAUAUAUGGCAUGUUAUUUGUCACACUAAUUUCAUGGAUUAGGGGCACUUCCGUAACUUACUUUCCUAAAACCCCUCAAGGUGAGAAAAAUUACAAAUAUUUCAAAAAAGUGGUUGAUUUUCACAAAAUCAAAUCCACAUUUGGUGCAAUUAGUUUCACUAAUUUCAACAACAAAAAUGUUUGGAUAGGAUUAGCAACUUUAUUAUAUGUUGAUGUACUAAUUACAUCAGGCACAUUAUACAGCAUAGCAGAAAUUGGAGGAUUUGUGGAUCCAGAAGGUAAUUUUGAAGGGCAAUAUUUAGCAUUUAUGGUAGAUUCAGGGUCUACAAUUGUAGGAUCAGCAUUAGGAGUUGGGCUAAGUACAACUUAUUUAGAAUCAUCAGCUGGGCUUAGAGAAGGAGGUAGAACUGGGCUAACUGCAGUAAUUAUUGGGCUUUAUUUUUUCUUAUCAAUCUUUUUUACACCAUUGUUGACAAGUGUGCCUCCAUGGGCCAUUGGGCCUUCAUUAGUAAUAGUUGGGAUUAGUUUGAUGAAAGUGGUGAAGAAUAUAAAUUGGGGAGAUAUGAAAGAGGCAGCUCCUGCUUUUAUGACAAUGAUCCUUAUGCCCUUAACUUACUCUAUACCAAAUGGGAUUAUUGGGGGCAUUGGGCUUUAUGUGGCCCUUAGCUUGUUUGAUUACAUUAUAAGGUUGAAAAUGUGGUUUAUCAAUAGGAAAAAAUCAGGGCAUGAACAAAAUCAAGUGUCUGUGUAGAUACUUUAAUUAUAAGGCCCGACAAGAUUUCGUGCAAUAUAGAUUAUAAUAAGUUCGAUAGU